UCACGGAGCCCAACCUCACCGCGACGACUUUCGUCAUGUUCGGCACGCGGGAGGAGGGGGCGGGCGUUGUUUUUUCUUCUUCUAUACAUGGCAUUCGACGCCCUCGGUUUCCCCGCCUGCACCGGGGCUUGGGCUGCGGACUCCGUGUCGUCGGACUACGAGACGUGGAGCCCAUCCGAUGGGUCCAGGUCGGACAAGUGCCUCCUGGGCGCGCAGACCUCUUACACGAGGCGAAAACAGACAUCCGCAUGCUUCAACGGCAUGGAGUUCGAGCGGCCAGUGGAGCAGAAGGCCUGCAGCUGCACGCAGGAGGAUUAUGCCUGCGACAUGGGCUUCGUGCGGAGCGUGGGCUCCACCGAGUGCGUGUACGGCGGGCCCGACAUGAUGCCUGCCCGGCUGUUGCCGGAGGUGUGUACCGGCAGCUACCAGGCGUCAGCCUACCGCAAGGUAGCGGGGGACAAGUGCCAGGGCGGUUGGAGCCCAGACAAGGCUGAGGUGCCGUGCCCGGGAGGGAGCGCUCCCCUCGGGCACGCGAAGUAUGCGCUUGCUGGGGUUGUGCUGCUUGGCGUCCUCUACGUCGGCGCUGGCAAGCUCUCCGAGAGCCGCUCUGGCUUCGGCGAGUUCACCGCGAAGGAGUCCUCCUGGGCGCCGCUCUCGCUCCUGUCCGCGGUGGCCAUGCUCGGCGGUUGCCUGGCCAGGUUCUCCUCCAAGAGCCGCUCCUUCGGCGGCAACUCGUACCGCCCCGUGGGCAAGGACGAGUUCGACGUGGACCUCGCCGGGGACGGCGCCUCCCUGAACGACUUCCUCGACGAGGCGGACUACGACUCUCCCCCCCCGCACGUGUAUGGCGCCACCGCCGAGGAGACGCGGCCCGAGCGCCGCAGGCCAGAGCGCGACGCCGCCCCAGCCCCCGGCGGCGCGCGCGCGGCGCUCGAGCCGGUGCCGAAGCUGCGCGCGCCGGGCGGCGCCGCGCAGCAGCUCCACGCGGCGGGCGGCGACGACGGGGACCUGCUGUGAGCGGGCAGCCGUCAGUCGAGGCCUCUUAUCGGGCCAGGCGAAGGGGGGGGAUAGGGAGAGGGGGGGUUACGAAAUCUGCGGCAUGCAGCUGGUCUCAGCCUCACCGAGGGGCCCAUUGCUCGGUACAUGGCCGCCUCCGUCUCGCGCGCCGGGAGGCGCCGGAAAAGUCAGCUACGUGAGCUGAUUCUCCCCCCCCCCCUUUGCUAUCCCCCCCUUUCGCCUGGCCUGAUCCCAGAUGGGGUCCGAGUAGUCAGAGGAGGAGGAGGAAAGUCGGACGCACCCAACCGCAGGAGG